GAGGAUGCUGCAGCCUAUAGGAGUGGGAUGCUGACAGCUGCUCUGCGCGUCAGAGCCUGCGCGCUCCCGUGCGCGCUCUCCUCCUGUCUGCUACCCGAUCUAAGAAAAAGCAGUGAGUAUUCGCUGACUCAGUGCCUUAAGCAGCGUCGCCGUUCACCCGAACAGAGACCCAGCAUCUUCUGCGGAGACAGGAACUAAAACAAGAGAAAAACACCAGCCAUGGCUAAAACAGCAACCGCAUACAAAGAGAAGAUGAAGGAGUUGUCUGUGCUGUCCCUCAUCUGCUCCUGCUUCUACCCGGAAUCUCGCAACAAGCUUGUGUGCGAGUUUGAAGACAUGGAGGUGAAACCUAUUAAGAAACGAACCUCGGGACAGGCCUUUGAGGUGAUUCUUAAGCCUCUGUCUCCGGUGUCAGAGGUAUCCCACAGCCUGCCUUCUCCGCCAAAGAGGGAUAUCUCCUUGGAGGACAUUGAGAAGAAGCUGGAGGCUGCUGAAGAGCGGAGGAAGUACCAAGAGGCUCAGGUGCUGAGAGCUUUGGCAGAAAAGCGAGAGCAUGAGAGAGAUGUGUUGCUAAAAGCCAUGGAGGAAAACAGCAACUUCAGCAAAAUGGCUGAGGAGAAGCUCCACAUGAAGAUGGAGCAGAUCAAGGAGAACCGUGAAGCCCACAUGGCAGCCAUGAUGGAGCGCCUACUGGAGAAAGAGAAGCGUGCCGUUGUGGUGCGCAGGAACAAAGAGCUGAGGGAAGAGCUGACAGCAUGAGUCUCGCACAAGUCCUGACUUCCACGGUCCCUCCAUCCACCCACCUUCAUCCUGCCCUCAACCUCUCCAAAGCAAACACUCAAAGGCGAGAGGCUAGAAGACCUCUCCACCACAUCACUGCACACACUGACACCAGUUCCCACCACCACCAUCAGUAUUCUCAUUGAUACAAUGUUCUGUUCAAUUCAGUUUCAUGAAUGAAUUUAAUUUUAGAAAGAAUGUAAAAAAAACAAUCUAUCUAUCUAUCUAUCUAUCUAUCUAUCUAUCUAUCUAUCUAUCUAUCUAUCUAUCUAUCUAUCUAUCUAUCUAUCUAUCUAUCUAUCUAUCUAUCUAUCUAUCUAUCUAUCUAUCUAUCUAUCUAUCUAUCUAUCUAUCUAUCUUUAUCUAUCUCCCUCUGUGCUGUACUACUCUGUACGCUUUCAGACCUUUCGUUUAUCGUUAAUUGCAGUUUCUGAAUUUUGUCAGCAUUUUUCUCGUGAAAGGCCUCUGUGUUGUGGGUUGGCAGGCAUACAGGCAGUUUGAAUUGUUUACUAAUGAUGUCACGAUGUUGAUGAUGAUAAUAUGUAUGUGUGUUUUGUGAAGAACGAUAGCCGGAACAACCCUCCCUUAAAAUUGAUUUGCGAUAGGAGAAAAAUGGAUCGUUUUUUCCCCCACGUUCCCUCAUUUUCAACAUGCACAGUCAAAGGGAACUUUUGGGGUCAGCCGCAGAUCUGUGUCCAAGCGUCCAACCUCUGAAAACAAACCUGAUAGUGAACUUGAUCGGUGCUUUAUCGUUGACAAGAAUGUGUGUUUUUUGCCCAAAAUAGGAUAAUUGUUUUGACAUUUGCAUAUUCCUUCUUUCCCGGACAUUUUUCAAUGAGUUCAUUGUAUGCCAAAUAAACCGCUCUGCUAGGAACACAGUAUUUGGGGAUGAAUCUAACAAAUUAAUGAAUGUUAUGAUAGCAAACUGGUAUCAUGCAUAGUGUCUUGGAUAGUGGAAUGUGCUGUUGCUUCCAUCUUGAUAUAGAUAGUGUGAGUAUAAUGUAUGUCUGUGUGGGUGUGUGUGAAAGCAGACGUACUCCGGAAGCAUCUUUAGUGUCAUCUCUCAAUAUGGACUAGGUAGAAAGUGGAUGGAGGAUGCUUUAUCUUUAGCACACUGAACUUGUCUGUUUUUAAAAUUCAGUAUACCACUGAUAUCUGCCUGCGUUCUCUGCUGCUCGUGUUUCUCCCUUCAUAUAUUUCUCUGUGAAAGCCUUGCUGAAUAAAGGUUGGAGGUUCUGUAUACAUGGCAUGUACAAUUCAAGACUUUUUUUCUGUGCAAAAGACACAAUGGAAAUUGUAAAACUGCCAAAUAAAAGAGCCAGUUCUCUACCCAUGGGGAGAAUGCCA